AUGUUGUCCAGAAGUGCCACCAUCAUUGCUGAUGGGCUGGGCAUUGGCAAGCAACGGUUCUGUUUAAUGGGCCAAGCUUGCUCUCUUUGUUUGUUACCUUUAACGAAGCCACAUGCAGUUUCUGAUGGAAAACAGCCAGUGGUAUCUGUUUCAGGAGUGUCUACCAAAGGAAAUUUAAGUACCAGGUGUUUGCCAAAAAAUCAGAGAAGUGAAACUGAACUAAAGGUGCCUGCAGCUGCUGCUUUCAUUCCCAUGGAUCCUGUUAGAAGCACAGGAGAUCUGACAGGGCAACAGGUCACUAAUGAAGGAGGAAUGAAGAGUGCUUCUUUAAAGGAUUUGUGUCCUGAGGACAAGAGACGCAUUGCAAACUUAAUUAAAGAACUUGCUAGGGUAAGUGAAGAAAAAGAGGUGACAGAAGAACGGCUGAAAGCUGAACAGGAGUCAUUCGAGAAGAAGAUCAGACAGCUAGAGGAACAGAAUGAACUUAUCAUCAAGGAAAGGGAAGCUCUGCAGCAGCAGUACAGAGAAUGCCAGGAACUUCUGAGCCUUUAUCAGAAGUACCUAGCUGAGCAGCAGGAAAAACUAUCGCUCUCCCUUUCUGAACUCAGUGCUGCCAAGGAAAAGGAGCAGAAGGUAUCCAGUAAGAAGAGCUUAUGCCAGCAACCAUCUUUGGAACUGGAUGGUUCCUACUUGGGUGUUAGGGGAUCUCAAACUUUUUAUAAGAACAGUAAAGCAUCAAAGGCUGGAAGCCCAGCCCAUGUUGCAUUGCCUCGGCCUUGCAGAAAUAACCACGAUUGUGGGACUGAAAUGCACUUCAACCAUCAAGAGUCUCUGAAGGAAUAUCCAGUAGAAAAUGGCUUGCACAGGAAGUGUAAUAACAUGAUUUCCCCAGCGAAGCAGAGAAGCCCUCGCCAUGUAAAACCACCUCAGGAGGUGGACCAGAAAGCAAGUGAAUUUCACUACCCUCAACAAGUCAGUCAGGGUUGUGCCUGCAGGCACGGAGGAUGUUCAGGGAGCAUGCAGGAGAGCCACCAGGUCAGCCAGGUACUUAGAAAACACUCUGGACCAGUUCACAGCACCUGUGAUGAUUCUCGGCACUCUGAAGUUUCUGGGCUGAAUGACAGUGUGGACUCAAGGCCUAAAGAAACAGAGAACGCUAAAAGGUUUUAUGAAGAAAGAAGGCAGAAGCUGCUUCUGCAGAAAAUGGAGCUGGAAAUUGAAAAGGAACGACUCCAGCAUUUAUUGGCUGAGCAAGAAGCAAAACUGCUCCUAAAACAACAGCAGCUACACCAAUCCCGUGUGGAUUAUAACAGGUUUAGAGGCCAUGUACCUGUUUCAGAAGAUGUGCCCAUUGAUGAAGCACCUGGAGAACUUGCUGUGAUGAUGAACAGCAAGAGCAUGGGGCUAAGCGUACCAGUGUUGAAACAUGAAGAUUAUUUUCCACAGACACCUCCAGUGAGCAAAACCUCCAGAACACCAGGAAGUGGUGGGAGCAGUUCAGGAAAGAAAAUGGUUGGAUUUGGUGCAAACGUGCAAGAUGGGAGAAGCCUUCUUGUGCAGACCAAGAGAGAAGGCACCAAGUCAAGGAAAGGGACAACUUCAGGACCUAGGAAGGAUGCAGCUACAUCUCCCGUGCUGAUAGGCAGCAGCACAUCCCCAAUCCAGCAUGACAUUUCACGGUAA